AUGUCGAACUCCGAGGUUGACUCUUUGGAUCUCUAUGUGGGCUUCGGCCAAAGGAGAGCUAACUGGGGCCUACACUGGAUACUUUUGCUCGCUAGCCCUGGUUCGAACAGUUGUACAUGGUAUCAUGUCAUUGGAGGCCCUUCAAAAGACCAGGAAUAUGAGUGUAAGAUUCAAGCCGGGAAGCGAAUGGACAGUUUCGGUAUCUCGAAGAAAGAAUUGAUAUGCAGCAUCCCGGAAAGCAAAAUCGGCAAAGUCAAGUCGGCCGUAAAAGCAGUGCCUCUGCAACCAUGCCAAAGAUGGACUGUGGAAGCACUUGCCAAGCUUGAGCACAAAGGGUUGAUUCCUGUGGGCACCAGCGAAAAGUAUCGCUCUCAGAUGGAGCCUUCUCGUAUUGUAAGGACUGAAAAUGGCUGGGCCGUUGCUGAUAAAGUGCCUGUAGAUGAAUCGGCUGAAUGA